AUGUUCAGGACCUUGUAUGUACUGUUGAUGGUAAUGUGUAUACAUCUGAAAGUACAGCAGGUGCGAGGUGUGAACACUGUUACAUUUAUUUCUAUAUGGUACGGCAAUAUUUACGGUAGAGCCUGUUUGGAUGUCCCUCAAUCCGGAGUUACUUGCGGCUGGAACAUACAGUUUUUCUUUGAUCCAUUGGUCACUGCCUUAACUGUCUACAAUGGAAUUAAUGUUGCCCAAGAUUCUCAUUAUUUUGUGGUGAAAGAUAUAUACUAUAACAGAGACUUGAGCUUCAGUCCACAGUUCUGUUUAUCCUUCACCGGAAGUAACCCGUCCAUUACCUACCCCCAGAAUCCUAACGUCACUGCUAACUUUGUGUGUACGUGUAAUAAGGAUUCGACGGAGGAUUGCAGCUCCCGCACGUACAGCUUCAACACCAGUACCAGUACCUCAACAGUCAUACCCACAACGACGAUCGCACCCACAACUACCACUCAGGCGACAACCACCAUGACUCCGGAACGUACGACAACAAUUUUUGAUACAAUUUCUUCGACGGACAUGAUGAACAACAUCGUGGAGUCCAGAGAUACAGAUUCCGCUUCAUUGGUGCCAAGAGAUCGAAAGCAUCAAUUCAGAUUGUGGAAGAAAGACCAUGUUAGUGAUAAUUAUAACUAUAAGUAUAACAGUGUAGGAAGUGUCACGGACUGUGCUCUAUGGUGUUCAUAUUAUACCAACUGUACAGGGUUCACAAUCUAUAAUAAACAUUGCUGGGCCAUAAUCAACGAACAAGUGCGGUCCAAUAGAUUUUAUGAAAACUGUAAUACGUGGAUCCGGGCAUAG